AUGACCAAAUCCUCCUUUUCCCAGCAGCUCGACUAUAUCGUCGUCGGUGCUGGCGUGGCCGGCCUCACAAUUGCCUCUCGUCUCUUUCAAGAACCAUCCACCAUCGUUCUUCUCAUCGAAGCCGGUCCUGACGGCAGAGGUGACCCUCGCAUUGAGACUCCAAGAUUGCUAGCAGCCCUCUAUGGCGAUCCAACGCUAGACUGCGACUUUAUGACAGAGCCCCAACCCCAUGAUGGGGGAGUGAAGAGAUGGCGCCGUAUCUGUUGUCAGUUUUAUACGUACCAGAUGCCUAAUGCUGCAAGGGCAGAGAUGCUUGGUUUGAAUGGGUACAUGGGCAAAGACAACCAGGGAUGUGAUGGUCCGUUACCUGUUUCUUUCCCUGCCGUCUAUGGACCGUUUAAUCGAGCCUGGAAUGAGGCAUUGGGAGGGAGAGAACUGGGCGCGUUUACCUGUCCUCUCUCCAUGGAUGCCACAAAGGGGAUAAGGGGGUAUGUAGUGGUGUAUUAUACGCCUGAGGUUGCGGCGAGAGGGAAUCUGACUGUGUGGACAGAGACACAGGUUGAGAGGAUUAUCUUUGCUGAUGACAAGCUAGAUGGGAAGAUAGUCGUAGGUGGAGUGCAGAUACGCAGUCCAUCUGAAUCCACAAUCGUCACUGCUCGACGUGAGGUUAUUCUCGCUGCUGGAAGUCUGCAAACACCGCAGCUACUUGAGGUUUCAUGGAUUGGAAAUGCCCAACUCUUCCAGAAGCAUGAUAAUCUCCAAGAUCAUGUUAUUGCAUCGCUUAGCUAUAAAGUGGCCGACGAUCAGGUCUCGGGGGAUGUCAUGCGUGAUCCGCAGGUCGUGCAGUAUUUACCGCAGCCCUACCAGGAAACCAAAGGUGGUCCUCUGUCCGGGAUGCCAAUAAGCGCUGCAUACAUGCCGUUGGUGGAUAGAGAUGGGUCCGUUGGGAGAGAAUCUCAACGCCAAAUGCUUCUCAAUCCCCAGCAGCUAACAGCCGAAUACCUCUUCUUCCCAGCUCAACUGCGCACCAAACCCGGCCGUACAACAAUGCACGAUCUGCUCGAGAAAAAGGCAGUCGGAAACUACAUCAGCAUCCUGGCCAUGCUCAGCCACUCUUUCUCAUUAGGUUCCAUCCACAUCAAAUCCUCGAAUAUACAAGAAAAGCCCGCUUUCAACCCAGACUAUCUCUCCCACCCGCUCGACCUCGAACUCCUCGCCCGACACCCCCAAUUUAUCGACCGGCUUGUGCACACGCAACCCUUUCAGUCCUUUAUACAGCCUGAAUCUCGUAUUCCCGCAGUGGACAAGGCGGAUCUGGCAGAGUUGGACGAUGCAAGGCAUGUCGUGCAAGAACGGCGCUUUACCUGUUUCUACCCUGCGGGAAGCUGCUUCAUGAUGCCUGUUGAGAGUGGUGUAGUAGAUUCGCAACUAAAGGUUCACGGUGUGAGUAACGUACGAACCGUCGAUGCGUGUAUAUUCCCUCUCGAGCCGAGUGGGAAUAUCCAGGCGACGGUGUAUGCCGUUGCAGAGAGGGCAGCUGAUAUGAUCAGAGUCUAA